UUGUCUUUUGACGCAUUUCUUAUGUUCCACAUUUUGGUUAACAACAUUGAAGCUGGCUGUUGCUACGUCUCUUCACGAUGAUAGUCGCACAUUGAUGUAAGAAAAAUUCUAUGGAGAGGAGAAAUAUUAUUGGAUAUAAGGCCACAGCGCUUGACCAUCCCCUAAGUUAGUGCCAAUGGUGUGUAUUUCGGUAUUAGUAUCAUAGCUAUCGCUGGCACGGAAAUAACAAUGCCAAGUACAGGUUCUGUACAACUGUCCACAGCUAUUGGAGAUAUGGCUAACAUAAAAACCGACCAGAUCACAACUAUAUUUUGAGUAGUUACGAGAAACAACGUUGUUCAGAGUCGUGGGGCGAUGCCUCACUGGUUUAACAAAGAAGCAGAUGGAAUUUUUCUCUAUCGUUCAAACAAAGAGGUUGACACCACAGUAGAAGUACAAUGCUAUUGUUAUUGCUAUAAGAGCCGAAAAGUUGGUUCAGAUUGAGCCCCUUUUUUUUCUCGUUAAGUAAGCACAUACACAAACAACUUAUCUAGAUUACAACAUUUCAGAAUUAGUAGCCAGACUUUUAACUCUGUCAGAACAAAUAAUCACUCAGGAUGUGUUUCGCAAACCGAUCGUUUUGCAAAAAAUGUCGCGUUGAGAUCAUCAGGUACGCUUCCAAAUGCGACCAAUUCCCCGAGGUCUUCAGGGAAACUGCCACGCACGCCAUUCGCGGACGACAUCGUCGAAUCAGAGCUUGCAAGGAUUGCAAGCGUAAGGAAAAACGACGAGUCGAGGAAGAAUCACGAAACAUCCCCCUUCAUUAUGGACAAGCCAAGGCUAUCCUCGAAUGGAUGCGAUUGGAACGGCCACUUCCAUUCACUGAUGACGUGAUUUCUAAUAGGUAUAUCGAACUUUACAAUAAAGGUGAGAGGCUUCAUCCUUAUUGUGUUGGGUUUACUAACAUGCACGAAAGAUUGAUUGCCGAACGCAGACAUAAUCUCUCGCACCGUGCCGAACUAAUUAAGGAAGAAUGCUUGAAAGUCAAAGAACAAUUGAGUCCAGCAGCCGAAAGAGCAGUCACGGUGGUUGUUAUGCAGGAAAAGAUGAUGGAUGAAUCUUUCAGGCUACAAGCCGAAAUUGAUUCUGGUGUCAGAACCAUGACUGAGUCGGACAAACAAUACUCUCUCCACGAAAUCGGCAAGUUAGCACACUUUGACCAUGCAUUAGAAUUGGUCAUCGAGGCACAAAACCUCGGUCCAACAUUUAAAGAGUGGGCCAGUGAAAUUCCAGAUCAGUUCAUCACCGAAGACGUAGUUCGUGGGGAGAUCAAUGAAUAUGUGGAUGAUAUGACCCGGGGAGGAUUUGAUGAGAUGGUCGAUGAAUUUCUCGGAGCGGUCAUCCUUGAAAACAUUCUCGACGAAGAGACCUUCGAAUUCGACCCAAGCGCCCGCUUCUUGCGAGGUGAUACUCUCGCCGGGGUCACACCAAACAUGCCCGAACGCGUCACUUUCCGCCAGUGGGUGGUCCAGUACGAUAACGCUAUGGAAACAGUCAGGCCAUCUUUUGAACGCUGGUAUCGUCUUCUUGAUGGUUAUCGAGACUACUUAGCACAGAUAUCCCCAGGACAACACACGCUCUUCAACGUCACACGGAACACCGCCGCUGCACGCACGUUCCGGGCUCUCACAGGCAGAGCCGAUGAUUCUUCUCCCAACGAUGGACUCGAUGAUGAGGAAUAUCACAACACAUCAAUCAGAGAAAGUCUUCAGCAAUCCCUCGCAGAAUUUGGACAUUUGCUUCUAUUAUCCAACACCCUCAUGCGAGGUCUUCCCGAUCAAUACUAUUCCGCAUCACCAUUUAUCCUCCCGGCGAUGCGCCUCCUAUCCAAUCGAAUAGAGAGCAAUACCUGGCUCACACCAGCCGAAUUGACAAUGGUUAGACAAAGCGCGGAACAUGCCUCUGAGAUAGUUCGCGAAAUGCACGAUCGAAGGGAAAGAAUUAUAGCACUCGCGGAAGAACAGCGACGGGAGCGGGAACCAGAAAAUGAAAAUGGAAACUUUUUCUUCGAUGGCACAUUCAUGCAAGUUGAGAUGGACGAAAGAGAACAGGACAACAUAUCUCAUGCUCGCCGCACCAUCGUGGGUAUCUCACCACGAUCCGGAGCACUUGAAUGGGAAGAAGAAGAAGAAGAAGAAGAAGAAGAAGAAGAAGAUACAGUAUUUGAAGAAGUAGUUGAAGAAUAUGAUGCUGAUAAUCUACCUUGAGCUUCUUUCUUUCCAUUUGUCAUUUU